AUGCCGGACAUCCGAUCGUCGGUCGGCCUCGAUCUCUGCGAAGAGUCAGCAGGCAUCCGGUACAGCCCGUCGCCAUUGUGCCACGUUUCACCUUGCGCGCUUGUUUCCUUUGCUGAAGGAUGGGAGGUUACCAGGUUACUCGUCUUUAUUGGGUUGCAGUAUCUUGGCAACUUGGAAACAUCCGCCAUCGACGAAGCAUGUCGCGUGCUCGCCUGGGCACGUCUGAAAAAGGAUGGGCCAGAGGCCGGCCGCGACGGGAAAAAGACCGGCAGACCGGCACCGGUUGCAGCUUUGGGGACGCAGUGCUCAGCGAGCGGCCCCCUGAGUAAUCGCAGAAGCCAUGGAGGCCGCCGUUGCGGAUCGAGACGCCGAAAAGCUGGCAGGGUUGCUGGAGGCACAGACGGGGCUACGGCCAAGCUCUCAGGGGACCGAGCUGCAGCAACCUCGUUGUUGCAGCAGACAAUCAAGUGCUUGAGCAAGGAGGCUCCCAAGGAUGUCUUGCCGGCAGAGGUGCUGGCAACUUUCCCGGGAACAUCAUUGGCGGCACCUAGGGGCAGAUAUGACAUGCUGUUUACAUCGUCUGGCCUGACCUUCGGUGGAAAGACUCCGCUUGGCCCCAUAGCCUGGGACGCCGUGCGCUACUUCCUGAAGUUGCCUUGCUUGGAGACCAACCGAAAAGCCGGAACGGUCGCCAAGAACUACUGGCUGGUUCUCGUCCUUUCCCAGCCACUGCUGGUGGGCAAGCAAGAGUAUCAGUGUGUGGCCUUAAAGGCCAGUGGCACAAAGGCUCCACAGUGCCCACCUGCACUUCAGUCUGGAACCGGGGACCAUGAGCGCUGCGCUGCAGUCCUGAAGGCUCUGACAGCAGCGGAAGAGAAGUCAGAGUAUCUGGUGCUCUCCCGAUUCUUGGAAGCCAUGAUAGGCGUUGACAAGGCUCUGUCGCCUGAACCUACGACCUGCGUCUUGGAGGCAGUCCAGGCCUGGCGGGGCGUGGAGGAAGGUGUCUUGUAUCCACUUGCGGCGGGCUUGUGCUUCUUGCCCAAACCCGCGACCUUCUUGCCCGCAGAGGCACGUGGAGGGCAUGAAAAAUUCGGGGCCUCGCAACGUGGCGCCUCGGAGGACAUCUUGGACGCAGAAGCUGGCUCCAACUCUGGGCCGCGCGGAGGGGAGCUGAUCAUCCAUCGCUACAACGACAAGAAGCCCACCGUCUUCAGCAAUCUGGCAGGUGCAGAUGCCAGCGCUCUCUUGGCAUACCUAGCUUCUGUAGUCCAGCAUCGCGCAGACAAUGUCGACCCAGACAUGGAGGACGACGAGGAAGAAGAUCCCGACUUUGUCGUGGACGCUCCGCCCGCCCUCUGCGAAGCGCCGGGUCGUGACCAGGUGCCCCGCUUCGAAAGCAUAGGCGGUUUCCUUGACUUGAGCGACCGAGAGGAGUCCGGCACGAAUCCCUUCAGUACUGAUCUCCAGGCAGAUGCAGCUCAGCCACGUGCGACCGACCCGCCGCCCGAGGCUGCGAAGAACCCUUUUGCGGAGGGAAGCAAUGCUGCAGCUGAGGCGGCUCCGCAUGGGGAUGAUGGUGACGUGAGCUUGCCGAAGGAGUUCAGCGCCCAUUCUGUGGAAUCUUCUCAGGUGGAUGCUCAUAGGCAAAGCAUGUUCCAGAAUGCUGAAGCAUGUGCCGUUUGUGGUGCUUGGCUUGGUAAACGCUGGAUGCGACCACGGCACCAUUGUCGAAUGUGCAAUCUAAGCGUUUGUGCGGCCUGCUCGCCCAGCAUGAUCGUUACAAAAGGUGAUGCUGGCCUACAGCGCGUUUGCAACCCGUGCGUGACGGCGAUGCAAGAAGCGGCCGAGCUAAAGGAGCGAGUGUUCGCGCUGUCCGAUGCCCUGGACAGCAUCACGGGGGAGGGCGAUGGCAAAGACGGCGACGACUCCGAAGCCAAGAAGUCCUUGCAACAGGGCUUCCUGGCAUGCGAGGCAUCAGUCUCAAAGCUAGAAGACCUUCGCCGACGCCAUGAAGUGGCCUUCACCCAGGUUGGUGUAUUGAAGAAAGAACUUCAAGAGGCAGCAAAGUCCAGAGAAGAGGAUGCAAGAAAGCGGGCCGCUCUGGAAUCUGAGUUCCAGGCGAAAAGCCGAAGCGAAGAGCAGCACAGGGCCCGCCUCGAGGGGUGUCGACAAUGA